GGUCACUAUAUACAUGCAUUGUCUGUGCUCUGUACGAAUGCAGUGUGAGCGAUAUGAGUAUAUAUUAAUGUGCAGCUUGUCUAUAUGGAAUGUAAGUGCAUUGAAGCAUUACACUUCUGACGGUGCAUGGUGUUUGCUGUGAGACCUUACGUGCAUAAAGUGGACAGAGGGAACAUAAUUCUAACCUUUUGUCGUUUGCGUUCUUCGUUUAGAUUACAGAUCCUGAGAGAACCGAACACACAACCUCCAUCAACUCAUCCGGACUAGAGGAGAGAAAGAGACAGGCAGUGGGAGAUCAGGGCGAGCGAGAAAAGAAAGGACGAUGGAAUAUAAUAUAGAGUUAUGUGGGGAGUAAAGAGGAAACUAUAUGUGAGCAGGAAAAAAAGAGAUAGGGUCAUAAUGUCCUCCUUGUAACAUUCAGAGACACAAGAACAGAGGACAGUAAGAAUGAGGGGUUCUCUUUGUAUGUACGUAUCUUUAGUUUGCUAGCAACAUAUAAUUAAUGCAGAAUGGAAUGUAAUUUAGGAAGACAGGCAGCUUAAAAAUCCCCAAAAAUAGCACCAUUACAUUUUCAGUUUGCUCUGUGUCACCAAUAACCUCCAGGCAAAAUGACGCCUUCCCUUCCAUGGAUACCUACUAAUAUGCCCCCUGCCACAGGGUCUGUGUCCCUGCGUGGUCCAGGUUGGGGAGUAGUGUAUGGGGUAAUCUGUGGUUGCGGAGUCCUUUGUAACUGUCUGGUCCUAGUGGUGCUUCUCAGCUGCCGGCACACCUUGGUGUCGGAUCUGUAUGUUGUGAACCUGGCGUUGGCCGACCUACUGUCUUUACUUGGGAUGCCUCUUCUCAUCCACCAACUGCUCCAUGAUAGAGGCUGGGUCUUUGGAGACCUCCUUUGCCGUGCCGUCACAGCCUUGGACCUCAACAACCAGAUUACAGGAGUAGGCAUCAUCACAGCCCUCUGCGUUGACAGGUACGUAGCAGUAGUGCAUUCGGCCACGUUUGGCCAGCGUCGCAGUGUGCGUUGCACUUGGAUAGUGACAGGGUGUGUCUGGCUGUGCUCACUCCUCCUUAGCACGCCUGCUUUGCUGUACUCUGGAGUGCGGUGGGGUGAUGGUGUAGCCUUGUGCGUCCUGGAUUUGCCAGGGGCUCCGCCAUCCCUCUAUUGGUAUACAUUGGUGCACAGCAUUCUGACAUUCCUUCUGCCUCUAUGCGUCAUUGUGGUGCUAUACUCCCUCACCCUUCAUCACCUUUCCCGUGUAAUGAGGAGAGUCCAACGUGCGCCAUCUCAACGCAGCCGCAGAGUUACCCGGAUGGCUCUGGCCAUUGUGACUGCUUUCUUUCUGUGCUGGGCUCCUUUCCACGCUGUGCAGCUGGUGAACCUGGUGUCUCCAGGGCCUCCUUCCACCUCUUCUUUCUACCUCAAUCAGGCUGCCAUUUGCCUGGGAUAUGCACACAGCUGUGUCAGCCCUCUUCUUGUCAUCUGUUGCACUGAGGGCUUUCGGGAACGACUUCCACACGCACGAUGCUGCCGCUUUCUCUUCCGCCGCUGGGCUGGCUUUUGGCCAGUGUCAGCCUUGCCUCCACAGGGCCCAAGCUCAGCCAUCAACAGUCCACCAGAAUGUGGGGUUUUCUCUGCCCAGCACCGGAGAAGGACUAUCAGUUUAGAGACCCCUGGAUACUCAGUGACGGACACAACCAGGAUAAGCCUGGGAGUGAGAGAUGAGAGCAGCGUUCUGUGACUUCCUGAGGAUGGACGAAUACAUUGUAUCAUGGAUUGUUUUAUU